CUUUUUAUUUAUUUUGUUUCAGACUAAGUAUGGCAAGUAGCUUGCUGAAGGUCCUUGGAUCUGGCCGGCGCGCUGGAGGCUCUCUUCUUGAACAGGCGCAGCGCACUGUUGCCGUCAAUAGCCAGUUCCACAGUUCUCCUGUGGUUCAAGGUUCUCUCGAGAUCCCUGAACGUCUCCGUCAUAUCCCUGAGGCGGAGGACCCCGGCUUCUUUGAGAUGGUGGAGUACUUCUUCCACAAGAGCUGCGUUCUCAUUGAAGACAGACUCGUUGAUGUCACCAUGAAAAAUAUUCGUGCCACCAGGGAGGACAAGAUGAAAAAGGCUCAUGGUAUCCUCAAGAUUAUUGAACCCUGCGCGCACGUGCUUGAGGUCAACUUCCCCCUUCUCCGUGAUGACGGGGAGUACGAGAUGAUUACAGGAUACAGGGCUCAGCACUCCCAUCACAGGACUCCUUGCAAAGGAGGUAUCAGGUACUCAAUGGAUGUCUGCGCUGAUGAGGUCAAGGCCCUCUCAGCUCUGAUGACCUACAAGUGCGCCUGUGUCGAUGUCCCCUUCGGUGGCGGAAAAGCCGGUGUCAAGAUCAACCCCAAGCUGUACAGCGACAACGAGCUGGAGAGGAUCACCAGGAGGUUCGCCAUCGAGCUCGCCAAGAAGGGAUUCCUUGGACCCGGCAUUGACGUGCCUGCCCCUGACAUGGGAACUGGAGAGAGAGAAAUGGCCUGGAUCGCUGAUACCUACGCCAACACUAUUGGAUACACAAACCUCAACGCUUCCGCCUGUAUUACAGGGAAACCUAUUAAUCAGGGCGGAAUCCACGGCAGAACCUCCGCCACCGGAAGAGGAGUCUUCCACGGCCUUGAAAACUUCAUCCAAGAGGCCUCCUAUAUGUCCAUGAUCGGACAAACCCCUGGAUGGGGCGGUAAAACCUUUAUUGUCCAAGGAUUCGGAAAUGUCGGUCUCCAUACCUGCAGGUACCUCACCCGUGCCGGAGCCAAGUGCGUUGGAGUCGCUGAGUGGGACGGAUCCAUCUACAACCCUGACGGUAUCGACCCCAAGGAGCUUGAGGAGUACAUGAUCGAGCACAGAACAGUUGUUGGGUUCCCUGGGGCCAAGGCCUACACUGGUGAGAGCCUGCUGUUCGAGGAGUGCGACAUCCUCAUCCCCGCCGCCAUGGAGAAGGUUAUCCACGGUGGAAACGCCGAUAAGGUCAAGGCCAAGAUCAUCGCCGAGGCCGCCAACGGUCCCAUCACCCCCGCCGGAGACAAGAUUCUCCAGGCCAAGAACGUUCUCAUCAUCCCCGACAUGUACAUCAACGCCGGUGGUGUGACCGUCUCCUACUUUGAGUGGUUGAAGAAUCUCAACCACGUCUCCUACGGUCGUCUGACCUUUAAGUAUGAGAGAGAGUCCAACUAUCAUCUUCUCCAGUCCGUCCAGGACUCCCUGGAGAGAAGGUUUGGUAAGGUUGGAGGAGGUAUUCCCGUCCUACCCAACCAGAACUUUAACUCUCGUAUGUCCGGGGCAUCAGAGAAGGAUAUCGUCCACUCUGGGUUGGAUUACUCUAUGGAGAGGACUGCCAGGAAUAUCAUGAAGACUGCAGAAGAAAUGAAUCUUGGAAUUGAUCUGAGAACUGCUGCGUAUAUCAACUCUAUCACCAAGAUCUUCACAACCUACCGGGAUGCCGGUCUCUCAUUCUAAUAGCGCUCUCGGCACGUUAUACAACAUCUAACGCAAGAUAGCACGUUAUACAAAUGAUGUCGCAAAAUGAUAGAACGUUAUACAAGAUCUGAGCAAGACACGUAAUACAAGAUCUGAUUUCCAGAUUUACAAUUUAUUUUAUGUAAUAAAAUUUUUUUAAGUGUUGAAUAAAAUGGUUGCUGUUUUA